CUAAACCACCAAAGAAAUCGGAAAGCCGCGAUCGGAGAAUCUUCGCCGGGAAACGACUCGUCGCCUGCGUCCGGAUCGGGCCGGGAAAACAUGAGCGGGUGGAAUCGGCCGUCGAGAUCGAGGCUCGGAAAUCGCAACUUCACGCCGCUCGAACGAACGUCGUCGGCGACAACGACUCAGACGGUGCGCCUCGGACGAGUCCAGCCUCAAGCGCCGAGUAACCGCACCAUUUACUGCAAUGAUCGCGAGGCCAAUCUCCCCGUCAAAUUUGCGGGGAAUUCUAUAUCAACUACAAAGUACAACUUCCUUACUUUUUUGCCUAAAGGACUCUUUGAACAGUUCAGGCGAGUAGCUAACCUUUACUUCCUUGGAAUCUCAAUUUUAUCAACAACACCAAUCAGUCCCGUUCAUCCAGUAACCAAUGUGGUACCCCUAAGUUUUGUGCUUCUUAUUACUCUUGGAAAGGAAGCAUGGGAGGAUUGGAAGCGUAGACUGAACGAUAUGACGAUAAAUAAUAAUUCAGUGGAUGUCUUGCAAGAUCAAAGGUGGGAAACUAUUCCUUGGAAAAGGUUACAAGUUGGAGAUAUUGUCAGGAUUAAGCAAAACGCAUUCUUCCCAGCGGAUCUGCUUUUUCUUGCAUCUACCAACGCAGAUGGUGUCUGCUACAUUGAGACUGCAAAUUUGGACGGGGAAACUAAUUUAAAAAUCAGAAAAGCAUUGGAAAAGACUUGGGAUUACUUGACUCCUGAGAAAGCAUCUGAAUUUAAAGGAGAAGUGCAGUGUGAACAACCUAACAAUUCACUGUACACUUUCACUGGCAAUCUCAUUGUUGACAAGCAGACACUACCUCUCUCUCCUAACCAUCUUCUACUUCGUGGAUGCAGCCUCAGGAACACAGAGUACAUAGUUGCGGCUGUUGUAUUUACAGGUCAUGAAACCAAGGUUAUGAUGAAUAGCAUGAAUGUCCCUUCUAAAAGAAGUACAUUAGAGAGAAAACUGGACAAACUUAUCAUUGGCCUUUUUAUUACUCUCUUUUGUAUGUGUCUGAUUGGAGCCAUAGGCAGUGGUGUAUUUAUCAACUACAAGUACUACUACUUGGGUCUUCGUGGAACAAAAGGAGAGGACUCCUCAUACAGCUCAUUUAACCCUGAUAACCGUUUUGUGGUUUUUAUGCUGACGAUUCUUACCUUGAUUACUCUAUACUCGACAAUCAUCCCUAUCUCUCUUUAUGUUUCCAUCGAGAUGAUCAAAUUUAUUCAGUCCACCCAAUAUAUCAACAAUGAUUUGCGUAUGUACCAUAUGGAAAGCAAUACCCCUGCAUUGGCUAGGACUUCGAAUUUGAAUGAGGAACUUGGACAGGUGGAAUACAUCUUUUCUGAUAAAACUGGAACUUUAACAAGAAACUUGAUGGAGUUCUUCAAGUGUUCAAUUGGAGGAGAGGUCUAUGGAACCGGCAUCACUGAAAUAGAAAGAGGAAUAGCACAAAGAAAUGGUAUAAAACUCAAUGAGGAGUACAAUUCCAAUACAGAUCAUGAGAAGGGAUUUAACUUCAAUGAUUCCAAGCUUAUGCGGGGAGCUUGGAGAAAUGAACCUAAUCCAGAUAUCUGUAAGGAAUUUUUCAGAUGCCUUGCUAUAUGCCAUACUGUACUUCCUGAGGGUGAUGAGUCCCCUGAUAAGAUCACGUAUCAAGCUGCAUCCCCAGAUGAAUCUGCUUUGGUCAUUGCUGCGAAGAACUUUGGUUUCUUCUUUUACAGGCGUUCACCGACUACUAUAUGUGUUCGAGAAUCUCAUGUUGAGAAACUUGGUGAUGUCCAAGAUGUGUCUUACGAGAUUCUAAAUGUCCUCGAGUUCAACAGUACAAGGAAGCGUCAGUCUGUUGUAUGCCGUUAUCCAGAUGGCAGGCUUGUCUUGUACUGCAAGGGAGCUGAUAACGUGAUCUAUGAGAGAUUGUCUGAUGGCCAAGACGAUCUGAAGAAAGUAUCAAGGGAACACUUGGAACUAUUUGGGUCUUCUGGAUUACGUACUCUUUGCCUGGCUUAUAAAGAUUUAAGUCCUGAUAUGUAUGAAAGCUGGAAUGAGAAAUUCAUUCAGGCUAAGUCCACUCUACGGGAUCGUGAAAAGAAGCUGGAUGAGGUGGCAGAACUCAUUGAGACUGAUCUCACAUUGAUUGGAUGUACUGCUAUUGAAGACAAGCUUCAGGAAGGAGUACCUGCUUGUAUAGAGACUCUUGCUAGAGCUGGUAUCAAGAUUUGGGUGCUAACAGGAGAUAAGAUGGAAACAGCAAUAAAUAUAGCUUAUGCAUGCAAUUUGAUCAAUAAUGAAAUGAAACAGUUCAUUAUCAGCUCAGAAACUGAUGUUAUCAGGGAAGCUGAGAACAGGGGUGACCAAGUGGAAAUUGCACGUGUCAUUAAAGAUGAAGUGAAGAAAGAUCUGAAGAGGUGCCUUGAGGAAGCACAGCAAUAUCUUCGCACUGCAUCUGGGCCAAAAUUAGCACUUGUAAUAGAUGGCAAGUGUUUGAUGUAUGCCUUGGACCCAACUUUACGAGUGAUGCUACUGAAUUUGAGCUUGAAUUGUAAUUCAGUUGUUUGCUGUCGAGUUUCUCCUUUACAGAAAGCACAGGUGACAAGUAUGGUAAGAAAAGGUGCCAAGAAAAUAACACUCAGCAUUGGUGAUGGUGCCAAUGAUGUGAGCAUGAUCCAAGCUGCUCAUGUUGGUGUUGGAAUAAGUGGGCAAGAAGGGAUGCAGGCAGUGAUGGCUAGUGAUUUUGCUAUUGCGCAGUUUCGUUUUCUGACUGAUUUACUGCUUGUCCAUGGGCGGUGGUCUUAUAUCAGAUUAUGCAAGGUCAUCACAUACUUCUUUUACAAGAAUCUUACAUUCACUUUGACACAAUUUUGGUUCACCUUUUAUACUGGAUAUUCUGGUCAAAGGUUUUAUGAUGAUUGGUACCAGUCACUAUAUAAUGUCAUAUUCACAGCCUUGCCUGUGAUCAUGGUUGGGCUUUUUGACAAGGAUGUCAGUGCAGCCCUUUCCAAGAAGUACCCUGAACUAUACAAGGAGGGAAUAAGAAAUAUGUUCUUCAAAUGGAGGGUCGUGGCAACGUGGGCAUUCUUUUCUGUUUACCAAUCUUUAGUCUUCUUCUAUUUUGUGACUAGCUCCAGUCAUACAAGCGUGGAUCCAUCUGGCAAGAUGUUUGGACUUAUGGAUAUCAGCACGAUGACAUUCACUUGUGUUGUAGUAACUGUCAACUUGCGUCUGCUGAUGAACUGUAAUUCAAUCACAAGGUGGCAUUAUAUUAGCACUGGAGGAAGCAUUGCGUUAUGGUUUAUAUUCGUUUUCAUAUACUGUUUUGUAGAAAGUUCGGUGGGUCUUCGUUCCUUUGUUUAUCAGGUCAUAUAUGUCUUGAUGAGUACAUUGUACUUCUACAUGACACUUCUUCUUGUCCCCAUUGUUGCGCUCUUUGGCGACUUUGUUUACCAAGGGAUGCAAAGAUGGUUCUCCCCAUACGAUUAUCAGAUAAUUCAGGAACUUCACAGGGAUGAGCCAGAAGGUAGGAGCAGGGAUGAGUUGCUGGAAAUUGGAAACAACCUCACCCCUGCCCAGGCGAGGAGCUACGCUGUAGCUCAACUCCCACGAGAGAUUUCGAAACACACUGGGUUUGCUUUCGACUCACCUGGAUAUGAAUCAUUCUUUGCCAGACAGGUAGGUGUAUAUGCCCCUCAAAAGGCAUGGGAUGUUGCUCGGAGAGCCAGCAUGAGAAGGACAACAAAAAAGACAUAAAUUGAGAAAGGGAAAAAUAUUAUUUUUGUAUAAAUUUUUGUUUGGACAGUGAGGGUAGGAAAAGUUGUACAUUAGUUGUGCCAUAUCCUUAGUGUUAGUUUCGUUGAUGUAUUUUUCCAUUCAUAUAGUUCCACCUUUGGUAUCUGCUUCAUGUCUUCGGGAGCUGUAGUUGUCUCCUCCGGGUUUGCCCCGAUGUACAUACACAAACUAAUUAAGAGCAGCAUUUUUUCAUAGUAGGUAGGGUAAAACUGUUUAGACACAUUUGUAUCGUUUUAUACAUUAUUUGGUGGAAAAGUACGAGAAGUAUGAUUUGUUCCGCACC